AUGGCUCUUGCCCGCUCGGUAAUUACUGCUGUGCCCCUGCGUGCCGCCCGCGCCCCAGCACGUGUCGUUGGCACGAUGCGUUUGCCUCUGCGCACCAUGUCUACGAGUGCUUCUCUGCAGGAGCGAAAGUUCCGUGUCGAGCGCGACACGUUCGGUGAGCUGCAAGUGCCGGCGGACCGCUACUGGGGUGCACAGACCCAGCGUUCGUCGAUGAACUUCAAGAUCGGCGGCCAGCGUGAGCGCAUGCCUGAGCCGCUGAUCUCGGCUUUCGGUGUCCUGAAGAAGGCCGCCGCGACGGUGAACAAGGAGUACGGUCUUGACCCGAAGAUUGCGGAUGCGAUCUGUGCGGCGGCCGACGAGGUGAUCUCGGGCAAGCUGCACGACCACUUCCCGCUGGUCGUCUUCCAGACAGGUUCGGGUACGCAGUCGAACAUGAACGUGAACGAGGUCAUUUCGAACCGUGCCAUUGAGAUGCUCGGCGGUGAGCUCGGCUCGAAGAACCCUGUGCACCCGAACGACCACGUGAACCGUAGCCAGAGCAGCAACGACACGUUCCCGACGGCGAUGCACAUUUCGGCGGUGCUGGAGAUCAAGCGUGAGCUGCUGCCUGCACUCCACCGUCUGCACGACGCGCUGAAGGCCAAGCAGGAUGAGUUCAAGGACAUUAUCAAGAUUGGCCGUACGCAUCUGCAGGAUGCGACUCCGCUGACGCUCGGCCAGGAGUUCAGUGGCUACGUGCAACAGAUGGAGAACUCGAUUGCGCGUGUUGAGGCUGUGCUUCCGCGUCUCCGUAUGCUUGCGCAGGGCGGUACGGCUGUGGGUACCGGUCUGAACACCUUCAAGGGCUUUGACACGAAGGUGGCCAAGGAGAUCUCGAACAUCACUGGCGAGGAGUUCAUUACGGCGCCGAACAAGUUCGAGGCGCUGGCGACCCACGAUGCCAUGGUCGAGGCGUCGGGUGCGAUGAACACAGUGGCCGUGUCGCUGAUGAAGAUCGCGAACGACAUUCGUUACCUCGGCUCGGGUCCGCGCUGCGGUCUUGGUGAGCUGUCGCUUCCGGAGAACGAGCCUGGCUCGUCGAUCAUGCCGGGCAAGGUCAACCCGACGCAGUGCGAGGCGCUCACCAUGGUGGCCGCGCAGGUGAUGGGCAACAAUGUCGCUGUGUCUGUCGGCGGCUCGUACGGUCAGUUUGAGCUGAACGUGUUCAAGCCCGUGAUUGCGAAGAACCUGCUUUCGAGCGUUCGUCUGCUUGCGGACGGUGCGGACUCGUUCACCGAGCACUGCGUGGUGGGCAUCCAGGCGAACAAGCAGCGUAUCCACCAGCUGCUGAACGAGUCGCUCAUGCUGGCCACGGCUCUGAACGCUCGUCUUGGUUACGACAAUGUCGCCAAGGCUGCGAAGAAGGCGCACCACGAGGGCCUUACGCUCAAGGAGGCCACCGUGGGUCUCGGCCUGCUUACGCCGGAGGAGUUUGACGAGCAGGUGCGUCCUGAGCUCAUGCUGGGCCCGAACGACCCGCCGAAGUAA